AUGGUGAGCGGUGGCCAGGACCGCAAAAGCUGGCUGGUUCCCCAGUUAGUAACUUGUGUCACGUUGCUGGGGUCCAUCCUUCCCUCCCCUACUCCGCCAGGGUACAGCCCCUACGAAGUGGUCAUUCCAAGGCAGUUCGCAGCACAGCCAGGAAAGGCCAAGAGAAAUGAACUCUCCUAUGUAAUCAAGGCAGGAGGAAAGGACUACGUCAUUCGACUAACGCCCCAGAAGAACUUCCUGGUUAAAAACUUCCCCGUUUUCACAUACGACGCCAAGGGGGAACGGAUCGAAAGCCAGCCCUACGCCGCCAGCGAAUGCUACUACGAAGGAUACGCAGAAGGCGUGGUCGAUUCGCUUGUCUCGCUGAGGACCUGCUCAGGAUUGUGGGGCUUCCUGAAAAUCAAAGGCAGAAGUUACGGCAUUGAGCCUUUGCAGGAAUCGUCUACAUUCCAGCACCUUCUUUACCUAACCGAAGAGCCAGGACUCAGAUCCUCAGCAUGGGGACCAGGCGAUGAGAAGGCAAUGCUCCGAAGAGAAAAAUGGGAAACCAGGCAGGGUAGUUUCACGAAACAUCAGAAGUAUGUAGAGAUGUUUAUCGUGGUGGACCAUGGCAUGUUUUGCUUUGAAGCUGGCAACGAUACGAGAGUGACCUCUAUAGUUUUAGAUACAAUUAACACAGUGAACACGUACUUCCAUAUUCUCAACACGCACGUCAUCCUGAUGGGACUGGAGAUUUGGAACAAAGGCAACCGUAUCAAUGCCUCCGAUGAAAUCCUGUCUGUUCUUCAGAGUUUCAAUUCCUGGAGAGUAGCGUAUCUGGUCACCAUGACAAAACAUGACACUGUCCACUUGUUCAUUCAUCAGAACUUUGGUAACGCCCUUGGGAGGUCCUACGGGGCCGCCAUCUGCGACCCGAGCCUUUCCGCGGGGGUAGUGGCCUACACAGAAAAGAAGCUGAUCCCCUUCACCAAGGCCGUCUCUCAUGAGCUGGGUCAUCACAUGGGACUUGACGAAGACGGCCCCGGCUGUUUCUGCGGUAGGUACAAGAGUUGCAUCAUGCAAUCGCAUCACGCCGUCUUCAGCCAGUUCAGUAACUGCAGCGUCCAGUCGUUCCGACAACUGUCCCAAAGCGGGAAGUUGACCUGUCUGAACAAUGUGCCUAAAAAUGCUUUGAUAUACGGGCGCUGUGGCAAUGGAGUGGUGGAUGCUGGGGAACAAUGUGAUUGUGGUGGGAGCCAGAAAUGCAAACUGGAGCGUUGUUGCAAUGCGAACUGCACCUUGACGCCCCGUGCGGUGUGCGCCUCUGGCCUGUGCUGUAGGAAAUGUCAGUUCCUUCCAAGCGGACACCUCUGCCGGAUGACGGCAAACGAGUGCGACCUUCCGGAGUAUUGCAAGGGGCAGUCCGAGUGGUGCCCCAGGGACGUCUAUGUGCAGGAUGGGACCCCCUGCGACUUGCAUGAAGCCUACUGUUUCAGGAAGCAGUGUCGGACCCACAACGCGCUGUGCAGCAGAAUCUUUGGCAACGAGGGCACCCAAGCGGCUCCACCCAGCUGCUUCCAAGCCCUGAAUACCCUCGGGAAUGCCCACGCCAACUGCGGGAGCGACUCCACGGGAACCAACUUUGUGAAAUGCAAGCUUAAGGACGUCAUGUGUGGGAGAGUGCAUUGCGUGAGCAACAAAAGCAUCGGUUCAGCUUUGACCGACACAAGGGUCGUUGAGACGAGAGUUGGGAACGCCACGUGCUUGAGUGCUGUGUAUCACAAGGCGACGGACCACUACGACUUCGGAGCAGUGCCUGAUGGCGUCCGGUGCGGCAGCAGUAAGGUCUGCGUCAACCAGACAUGCGUCUCGGUAGCCGUUCUGAAGACCUCCUGUGACCCAAGAAGGAAAUGUCACAGCAGGGGCAUUUGCAACAACCUUCACAACUGCCACUGUAACCACGGGUGGGCCCCCCCAUUCUGCAACUCUUGGGGUGCAGGGGGCAGCAUUGACGGAGGGUACGCCUCGUUGUCCUGGAGUACAGCCAUUGUCAAACACACUUUGGGGACAGUGAUUCCUCUAGCGCUGGUGGCUAUGGCCUUUAUCACGGUCAUCGUGCCAAGACUGGGGAAAUUGCUGUCACUGCCCGGGAAACUGUGCUGGGGCAGGCCAAGGACGGGGAAGAACGCUAGGAGCAGGAGUGACGGCUGCUCUAAAAACAGGGCUCGUGGAGGGCAACAAUGA